AUGAUACAAAGAACCAUAGACAGUCUAUCACAAACAUUAAGGCACCCAAGUGAUCUGCAUGGAAAGCUCGACACUACACAACGAAAUAACAAGGAAAAAUAUGAAAAACACAGUCAGAAUCUCAUGACCAUGAUGUCGAGAUGUUAUACUAGCAUUUUUGACACCUCAAAAAGUAUAUCUGAGCUUGACGAGCGAUUUAAGACAUUUGUUGAGUGUAAAGAUAAGAAUGUUGACGUGCUCAAGGCCUUCUUUUCUCUUGUAAAGGAGUACAAGUCUGUGAGGAUGAUUUGUCUUGCACACUCAAAUCUCGCUAAAGUGAUUGCCUUUUUGGAGAAACUUAAGAGCAUAGACGAUCCUGUAGAGUCCGAAGACAUUAUGGUGUAUCACAAGAAUGUCUACGAUGCCGAAGACUUUGGAUGCCAGCUUGAAAUGUACAAGUCAGAGGUUUCUCACGAUGACUACAUUGAGGUGAGUAAGGCGCUGAACACAAUUGAGAAGAAUUCCUUAGACUUUACUGCAAAGGUGCUUGAGGCUUGCGAAGGGUUUAUUGAGAAUCAUGAGAUUGUAGGCAAACUUGAGAAGAUAAUUGAGAAGGAAGAAGAAAGAGACGAUUUAACAAGGAAGGUUCAGGCAGGAGAGGUAAGCGAUGAUUUGGUACUCAAGGAGCUGAACAAGAUGUAUAAAAUGUAUCUUACAAGAAAACCAAAGAUGUUGAAGAUCAGGGUGAUGAAGGCGAUUGGAGUGUCAGUCAAAAACAAAUUUGACAAGCUUAGAAACGAGGAAAUAUUUGUUAACAAGAUGGAUUUCAUACUUGACGAUCUUGUGUUUGUUGAUGAGAAUAUGAAGUUCAACUUUUAUGCGUUUGAUGAGAUUCUUGUGAUGUAUCAUAGCAAUCUGAAGUUGUUCUUGGAUGAUGUUGCAAACAGGCUGGAUGCAGGAGAGAUUCUUGCAGUUAUAGAGUAUACUGGGAAUUAUUAUAAUACGAUUGAAUCGAGAUUCAACAGGAUACCAGAUGCGCUGGGUAAACGUCUUAUUGAGAAUGAAAAUGAUCUGCUGGAGAAGUACUCAAAGGUUGCGCAGGAAAAAUUGAGAGAGUGGAUAAUAAACAUAACGAAGCUUGAGGUAGAAAAGUUUUAUGCAAGAAGCGAAGAACUACCCAGAGAUGAAGACGACAAGCUUAUAAGCCCCGGAUUCAUCAGUCUUCUACAAAUAGUUAGGAUGCAGUUGGAACCUAUUGGAUUCAACAAAAGAAUAUUUGCACAUGUUACAAAGACGGUGACUAAGUAUUGUGAGAUGUUUAAAACAAACCUGAUUGAAGCAAUGGAUAAGGACUUUGAAUCAUCCUGUGAAAUGAACAGUAGAGCAGGUUAUGAAGAUUUUUGUAUUAUGUUUGGAAACAGUGGACUAAGAGUGGCUCAGUACAUUACUUCUUUACCUGCAUACCACAACGAUGAGAUCAAGGAACUUUGUGACAUAUUCAUUGACAUCCUAAAAGCAUCAAACACAUAUUUGUCUGAGUUUAUAAUAUACUCAUGCCAGCCUGCAAUUGAUAAGAUUUUUACGAAUGAAUGGUACGACGGGAAUGCCACCAAGGUUGUGAUGCUCACACUUCAGGAUUUUCUAAACGAUUACAAGAAUACUAUGAGUGAGUACUCAUUCAUAACGUUUAUCCAUGAGCUUUCAUCAUCGAUUGUGCUUGCAUACAUGAAGCAGCUUGGAAGAAAACGUGCAGUCAUAACUGAAACAUGUAAUAGAAUGCUGAGAUACGAUCAUAGCAAGUUAUUGGAUCUUCUUGGAGGAUAUGGAGACAAAGAAGAUGUAAAAGCUGGGCUGGAGCCAAUGUUGAAGAUAAUCCCACUGAUUGAGACAAGAAACGAUGAUCUUUUCAUUGUGGAAGUGAAGUCUCUGAAGUUUACAUAUCCGGACAUCAGCAAGAAUUUCAUCAGAACAAUCAUAAAGAAGAGAGAUGAUCUCAGUGAUGAACAGAAGAGGAAGUUCAGUGAUAGACUCAAAGAAUGCUUCACUAAUGUAAUAAGCAAAGAAAAGACCAUAUUUUCAAGACUGACUGCAUUGUGA